AUGGCUAACCACACCGGAGCAAGCCUCAGGCAAGUAGUCAACCUGAUUGAUGAACUCAGGGAUAUAGGAUUACACAAAUAUAUCAACCUGCCAAGAAUAUGUGUAGCUGGCACACAAAGCAGUGGAAAAAGCAGUGUUCUAGAAAGUAUAGUAGGUAUUGAUUUCUUGCCAAGGGGAGAUGGAAUCGUUACAAGACGUCCUAUCGAAUUCAGGCUUAGCAAACUCACAGAAGAGGAUGCAGAUGGCAAUGUUAAACCAUAUAUUGUAUUUGAAGGAAAUGGAGAAAAGUUUUAUGACUUUGAAGUUGCAAGGCAACAUAUUCAAGAACUUACAAACCAAAAGGCUGGAGUAAAUAAAGGAAUUGUAGAUGACCCUAUCGUACUCUCCGUUUUCUCACCAGAUUGCCCAGAUCUAUCACUCAUAGAUUUACCAGGAGUAACGCGAGUGCCACUUAAAAACAGCGAUCAAACUGAUGAUAUUGAGGCACUUACAAAAGAUAUGAUCAUGAGAUACGCACGCGACCCGCGUACCAUCAUUCUAGCUGUAGUUGCAGCAAACGUGGACAUGUCCACUAGCGAUGCCCUGCAACUCGCAAGAAGAGCCGACCCUUUGGGGGUGAGGACAUUGGGAGUCAUCACUAAAAUCGACCUUAUGGAUCGAGGAUCAAACGCUGUGGCAAUGUUACAGAAUGAUGAAGUACCACUCAGGCUAGGAUACACAGGGGUUAAAAAUCGCUCGCAAAAGGAUAUCGCAGAGGGAGUCACAAUAAAACAAGCACUCGAAUUAGAACGACAAUACUUUUCUGAACACAAAAUAUACAAACAACUAAAGCCCAGCCUAUGGGGGAUACCGUCACUCGUAGAAAAACUCACAAAGGUAUUGUACAGACAUAUCAGUACCGUACUACCAGACCUCAAAGCGGAAAUAACAAACAGAAUCAAAACUGUGGCAGGAAAACUUGAGGCGCUAGGCGAGUCAGCACCAUCCGGAGCAACAGAAAGAAUUCACCUGCUAUGGCAGAUGACAACAGACUACUGCGAAGUAUUCGGGGGGAUCAUAAAAGGCAGAUAUGUUAGUCGCCUACAUGACUUCGUAGACAAAGACGCCGUUACGGGAAUGCAAAUUCGUACCAUUUUUAACGAACUUCUAGAACCGUUCAUAAUGCAAAAGGUAUUUGACCAACUUACGGAUGUCGAAAUAGAUCAAGCAAUACAAAUGCAUGAAGGAGACAGUCUACCUGGGUUCCCCAGCCCAGACACUUUCGAGUACCUCAUACUACCACAGUUGCAGAAACUGGUGCCACCAGCUGUAGAAUGCUUGGAACGGGUACAACAAACAUUAGACUUACUCGCUAUGAAGGUUGCGCAACGCAUAUUCGCCAGGUUCCCAUUACUAUAUGAGAAGGUUUUGGCAUUGUCGCAAAAAAUAUUCACAGAAGAAACACAAAAUGCAAGGGAUGUACUCGAAAAAUAUGUUGAAAGUGAAACUCUAUACAUUUUUACAAACGAUGCGCAGUACAUGAUGGACAAGGCCGAAGAAAGGGUGGAUGGAGCUAGAACUGGUGGAUAUGUUGUAGAAAAGGCUACCCAAAUCACUCAGGCGACAGGCAAAGCCAUAAGCGGCGUAUGGGAAGCGGCACAAGGCAAGAAAAGGAGAUACAGCUCGCAGUUUAUUCAGGAAAUAAGACGUAGACUUAACGUGUACUUCGCCAUUGUGCUCAGAAAUAUGAGGGACUCGGUACCAAAAAUUAUUGGGCAUUUCCUUGUCAGGAAGGUUCAACAGAACAUGCAGUACAAAAUAUACACCGCACUCACUCAACAGAACCAAGAGGAAUUGGAAACUACCUUUGGAGAACCACCGCAUAUUGCCCGUGAUAGGGAGUUGCUUAAGGAACAACUAGACGUUCUAAACAGGGCCAUGGGACUUCUGCAGCGAGACUUCUCGGCAUCACAGAGGGACUUAGAGUUGUUUGACGAAUCGUUCGACAAUGACUUGAAGAAUUUUAACAUCAAACCUCAGCGAUCCGCAAGCCCGUCUACAAUGCCCGAAGAUAUGCAAAAACGACCUGUAACGCAACACCAACAGCAGGAUGUUGCGACACAUACAGCCCAACAAACACCAAAGCCACAACCUCAACGCACAAGGGAACCCCCGCGAAGGAUCGUCGCGUCCAAUCCGCUGUUCGAUUGA